GUCUUAAUGGAGGUAUGGAAAUCCUUUUUUCUUAAAAAAAAAAAAAAACUUUUUAUUUUGAUAUUUAAUCAUAGGUGCCGCUUCUUAUGUAUUAACAAAUGAUAAAUCAUUUUCUUAUACAGAUAUUGAUUUUAUAUUUCGUUGUGAUUUAUCAUCAGAAUCAACAUGGACACAAAUAAAAACAAUUGUAUGUGAAUGUUUAUCACAACAAAUUCUAUCAUCAUCUUGUCAAUCAUCAUUUUCACCAAUUAUAAUUCAAGCUGCCUAUGUAGAAAAAAUAGCACGUAUUAUUAAUCCAUCAAAUAAUGAUUCAUGGGCAUUAAUAUCUUUAUAUAAUAUAAAUGGACAAAAUAUUGAAUUAAAAUUUGUUGAUCGUAUGAAAAGACAAUUUCAAUUUAGUGUUGAUUCAUUUCAAAUUUUAAUUGAUCCAUUACUUGAUUAUUAUGAACAUAGUUUAAAAUAUCAACAAAAAUCUAAUAAAAAACAACAAUAUUAUAAUCAUGAAUAUCGUUCAUCAAAAAAUAAUCGUUAUUUAUAUCGAUGUCCAAAUAUAUCAGUUGAAUGUUUAUAUGGAAGUUUUGAUGCUGCUUUAACACAUCUUAAUCGUCGUCAAAUAGUUACAACAUCACCUGAAGGUAUACAUGGUGGUGGUUUACUUAAAUAUUGUCUUUUAUUAACACGUGGUUAUCGUCCAUAUGAUAAUGGUAUAUCAUCAUGGCAACUUGAAAAAUUAAUGUGUUCAAGAUUUUUUAUUGAUUUUGCUGAUAUAAAUGAACAAGAAUAUAAAUUAUUAUCAUAUUUAUCAUCACAUUUUUCUAAUGAUGAUUCAGCUAAAUAUCGUUAUUUAUUACAAUUAAGUACAAUUAUUGAACGUAGUACAGUUUGUUUAAUGGCACAUGAACGUAAUUUAACAUUAACAUUAAUAUCACAAUUAGCAACUGAAUAUUAUUAUCGUUUAUAUGAUGAGUAUAAUACAUAUCAGAUAACAACAGCUGAAGUAACUGUACCAAAUUCGAUAACAAUUGAUGUUAUUUAUCAUAAUGAAUUAGAUGAAUGGAAAUCUUUAUAUACUCCAUUAAAACCACAAUCACAAUUACAACAAGAAGAAAAUUAA